AUGUUCAAGUCCAAUUACAUCCGUCAUUUGCUUGGGAUCACUCUCUUAUCUCUGGUGAUGAGGAAAAUCUUUCUGGGACACGAAGCCAUGGUUACUGUGACAGAAUGUAAAAAUCAGAUAUCAACGGAGGCCAUGGUAAGUGCUUCUAUGUAUUGUAUUUACAAUGAAUUUUAAGGUUAAUAAUACAAUAUUUGCAUCGAAAGUAAUGUCCCUAUCUGAAGCAGAGCCGACUCUUGUCUUAAUUCUAAAUCAGCAUGCUCUCAAUAUGACAUUGAACUGGCUCUGCAAUACAGUGGACAUGCCCUCAGUCCAUAAAAGGGCUUUAAUAGUAACAUUGGACGAGGAAAGUGACAAUAAAUUGGCCCAAUUGUGGCCAGAUGUAAAGCGCUUACUGUGGCCAGUGGCCUGUCUUUCAGAGCCCUUCAAUUAUGGCGAUGGGAAAUAUCAAUUAUUCUACCUAUUCAGGUCAAAUCUGGCCGGGGCCUUUCUCCAUUUCGGAAAAUCCUUUUGGAUGAUACAACAAGUGAGUAAAAAUGGCAACUUAGUGUAUUUUAGGAUACUUUUUGGCGUCAAAGUCUGUUAGAAUUGCCCUCUGAUUUCACUAACUCAUCUUACGACAUCAUCUUUGAUCGAGCCGCCGAAACUAAAGGGUCUUUAAUUGCCGGAGGCUAUUAUUUAGCCAAUCCAACACCUGGAACGAGAAAGUUUUUCAAAAAAUUGUCGACUGAUUUGGAAUGGUGGUAUGUCCCCGAUAACACGUACAUGACGUCACUGUGUUCGAUGGAAAACCUGGCCAAAUGUGGCCAAUUGCCUUUCAGGUAUCCUUGAGGUUAGUUCACUUUAUACUUUAGUACCGUAACCAAUUGGAUCUGGCUUCACGAACCCUCCAGAUUCAAAGGAAUCGAGGUCCCCUGGUUGGUUCAGUUUGAUGGGGACACUAAAUUGGGAGGGAAAUUGGCCAAGAUGAGGUCUCUCGGAUUUUAUUUCUUGAAGGAAGAUGGGAUUACCUGUAACCCUUACUCAGUAAUUGUAAGUCUACAUCUUUAUUCUGUAUGGUUUAGAGAGCUCAGCGUCGAGUAAUCAAAUGGUCUGGAGUGAGUGGAUCGCUGGAUGCAAACGGUCUCAGGUCUUAUUCCCACUGGCAAUUCGGCUUGUAUCAGGCCAUCAUCGAUGUCUUCUACCAAUUCAGCUGGACUGAAAAACUUCUUCAUCAUGUUAUCUUCCCUUAUGCACACUACUUUAUGAUUACUUUGUAA